AUGGGCUUCGUAGUCCUCCCCGCUCUGGUGCCAGACAUUAGCGCGGUGUACGAUGUGCACUUUGCAGCCUUCAAGGACAGCCCGAUCACGCGCGCGCUGUUUCCUUCGGCUACCGAGAGAGAUUUAACAGACUCAACAUCCGAGUUUCGACAGGCUCACACCGGCCAUGUCUCGGAGUACUGGAAGACAAGUGCAACGCAAUACACCCUGAAGUGUGUCGACACCGAAACUAACAAGAUCGUUGGUAUGGCGCUUUUCGACGUGUACAUCGCGCCUAGUGAUUGGAAGAGAGGCGAAAUUGGAUGGCUGAAGGGCAAGGAACGUGAACGGGCCGAGGCACUUGUGAAGCCUCUUUGGGACGCGAGAGAGAAGCUGUGGCUCAAUGAGAGAUACGUUUACUGCCACGUGAUGGCCGUGCACCCGGACUACCAACGGCGGGGCAUUGGCGAGUUGCUGUUCAAGUAUGAGAUGGACAUUUGCCGGCAGACUGGAUUGCCCAUGUACAUAGAGAGCUCCAAGGAGGGCAUCAAGCUUUACGAGAAGAUGGGAAGCAGAAGAUUGAAAGAGAAGCUGGUGCACAAGUCGGAAGACAUUACUCCGGAGAAGACUAACGGCGCGAGGGAGGACCAAGAGCUUCCAUUGUUCGUCUGGCUGCCGGAAGGCGCAGAAAAGAGACUACCAAAGUCUGUGGAGCUGGCGUGA